CGUUCCGAGAGAGAAGGUAGAUCUGUGAAAACGUGUUCUUCUUUAUCUGUUGUGCGCACGCUCAAAGUUUAAUGCUACAUCAACCCCAAACAACAAACAACUCGGUGUUGCCAGCAGUUGCUAUAUACACGAUCGUAAGAUGGCUCGCGUGCGCACGGUUCUCGAAACGGCGCUGUCGCCGGUCAUCCGUCUGCUAGCACGAACUAAAAACAUUCAGCAGCACUAUUUACUCUCGCUUUUCUCCGCACUGAGAUUCUGUCACGUUGAGGAUGAAGGUAUUUCUAAAUCCACUUUUUAAAAAUCUACGUACCAAAAGGAUUGUUAGCUCAACGUGUCGCACCCGGCAACGGGAUGUCAAAAACUGUUGGAAAUAGUCGACGAGCACAAACUUCGCAUGUUUUACGAAAAACGGAUGGGUGCUGAAGUCCAAGCCGAUACCCUGGGUGACGAGUGGAAAGGAUAUGUCGUUCGUAUCGCCGGUGGAAAUGACAAGCAAGGUUUCCCUAUGAAACAGGGUGUUCUUACGAAUGGUCGUGUACGGCUCCUUUUAUCCAAGGGUCAUUCGUGCUAUCGACCUCGUCGAACUGGAGAACGGAAGCGAAAGUCUGUUCGUGGAUGCAUUGUGGAUGCCAAUCUGUCUGUUUUGGCACUAAUCAUUAUCAAGAAAGGAGAACAGGAAAUUCCUGGAUUGACCGAUAAAAAUUUACCACGCCGUUUGGGACCAAAGAGAGCCGGACGAAUUCGAAAACUGUUCAACCUAACCAAGGAAGAUGAUCUCCGUGAAUUCGUUGUUAAGCGACCCAUUCAGAAAGAAGGCAAAAAAGAACGGUUGAAGGCACCCAAAAUCCAACGGCUUAUAACACCUUUGGUGCUCCAACGUAAAAGACACAGGAUCGCUCUGAAAAAGAGACUCAAAGUUGCUCACAAAGAACAAGCUGAUGUUUAUGCCAAACUAUUGGCUCGGAGACACAAGGAAGCCAUGGUCAGGCGUCAAGAAGCGUUGAAGAGGAAGCGAAGUGCCUCAAUGCGCAACUCCAAAUCCUCUGGACACUCUGCCCCUGCUACAAAAUAAAACUUGCUUUGUUUAUAGCAAUAAAAAUGCGCUUUCAUGUGUCAGUAUUUUUUCAGUAUUUGUCCUCUUUCAUAUGAAAUGAAUAGAACUUGCGUUGGAUAA